GUCCGAUGAGCGCGUGGGCUCUUCCUUGGCAGUUACUUCUGUCUGUGUUUACGGGUGAGGGCUAGUUGACUGUAUACGGCAAGCCGGAAGACGAUGUGGGUAUAGCCCAAUGCGAUGGGUGUUAUGCUAAGCUCUAAUUCAUAUACGACCAGAUUCAGUGAAAUUUUUACAUGCGACCAUAGGACGUUGAAAACAAGGCUUCCCGUUCGCUCAGCCCGAUUUAAGCAAAGUACCGGUGGAUUAGUACUCAGGUGGGUGACCACUGGGGAAUCCCCACUGUUGUAUGUAACGAAUCUCUUUUUGCAGCUCUUGGCUCAGCCCUGUGAAGAUAAGAAUGGAAUCAUAGGAUAUAGUACAGCAAUGACGCUGAAACCUGCGAAGCGUUACCAGUACCUUUUUGGAGAACAAUGCUUCUAUCUACCUCCACAGGGUAAGACGCGCAACAGCCUGGACGGCCAGUAGCAACUACUUGCAGUUUCUACACAGCGGUCCAGCCAUACCUACUAUUCCAGCCAUGUCCCUACCGCUGCCCCUUCACCAAUG